AUGAACCCUCAAGGUAAUGACAGCAAGGAGUUUCAGGUCGAUUGCUCGGCGACGAGAGAUCCCACGGCAGCUGGCGGCGGUGGAAGUGCGAGGUACAAGCUUAUGUCACCGGCAAAGCUUCCGAUCUCGAGGUCUACUGAGAUCACUAUUCCUCCUGGGUUGAGUCCGACUUCGUUUUUGGAAUCUCCUGUUUUCAUCUCCGACAUCAAGCCAGAACCUUCCCCUACUACUGGUUCUUUGUUCAAGCCCCGACCAGUGCACAUUUCUGCUUGCUCAAGUUCUUAUACAGGAAGGGCAUUCCAUCAGAACACCUUCACCGAGCAGAAGUCGAGUGAAUUUGAGUUCAGACCUCCUGCAUCCAAUAUGGUUUAUGCAGAGCUUGACAAGCAUAGAAGUGAGCCACCAGUACAAUUUCAAGGCCAUGGCCGUGGAUCAUCACACUCACCUUCUUCGGUCAGUGAGGCUGCAGCUUCUUCAAGUGAGUUAAACCGGCCAACUCCUCCUCUUCAGACUACACCAACGAGCUCAGAUAUUCCGGCCGGAUCUGAUCAAGAUGAAUCAGUCCAGACCUCGCAAAAUGACUCCAGAGGAAGUAUGCCAUCAAUCUUGGCUGAUGAUGGUUACAACUGGAGAAAGUAUGGUCAAAAACAUGUCAAAGGGAGUGAAUUUCCCCGGAGCUAUUAUAAGUGUACACAUCCUAAUUGUGAAGUGAAGAAGUUAUUUGAAAGGUCUCAUGAUGGGAAGAUCACUGAUAUUAUUUACAAGGGUACACAUGACCAUCCUAAACCUCAACCUGGUCGCCGAAACUCUGGUGGUCUUGGGAUGACUUCACAAGAAGAAAGACUAGACAAGUAUCCUCCUUCAAAUGGCCGAGAUGAGAAGGGAUCUAGCCUCUACAACUUGUCUCAAGCCGUUGAGCAAACUGGUAACCCGGAAGGACGUCCUAUCUCAGCAACUGACGAUGGUGGAGAAGUUGCAUUGUCAGAUAGGAAUAAAGAUGACCCUGACGAUGAUGAUCCAUUUACAAAACGGAGGAGGUUGGAUGGGACCAUGGAUAUAACUCCACUUGUGAAACCCAUCCGGGAGCCUCGGGUUGUUGUUCAAACACUAAGUGAGGUUGACAUUCUGGAUGAUGGUUAUAGAUGGCGUAAAUAUGGGCAGAAAGUAGUAAGGGGAAACCCAAAUCCCAGGAGCUAUUACAAAUGCACAGCUGCUGGAUGCCCAGUGAGAAAACAUGUGGAGAGGGCAUCACAUGAUCCCAAAGCUGUAAUAACAACAUACGAAGGCAAACACAAUCACGAUGUUCCCUUGUCAAAGUCUAGCAGCAAUCAUGACAGCCAGCCUCGGUUCAGACCAGAUGAAACAGACUCCAUCAGCCUCAAUCUUGGUGUUGGAAUCUCAUCUGAUGGACCUGACCACACUUCCAACGAGCAUCAGCGUCAGAAUCAACAACUCGUCAACCAAUCUCACCCUAAUGGAGUCGGUUUCAGGUUUGCUCAUGCUACUCCCAUGUCAUCCUACUAUGCCAGCUUAAAUAGCGGCACGAAUCAGUAUGGCCCGAGAGAAACUCAGAAUGAGACUCAAAAUGGUGACAUCUCGUCCUUGAAUCAUUCAUCUUACCCAUAUCCACACAACAUAGGGAGAAUACAAUCGGGUCCUUAG